UUCAAGUUCAUUGAUUGGACGAAUUUCUAAGGGAGCAAACUUAAACAAUACCGUUUUUGUUUUUUUUAUAAAUGCUUUCAAACAAACGACCCUAAAUAACGAGAUAGCUACUUCUUUCGGUUAAUCGAUGUCUUUUAUAUCCCAACAUCAAGUAGAUCACCUGAGAUCUAUGGUACUUUCACUAGGCUCAGACCCUGUCAACACAUUCAAGAACGCGCUCCUUCCAUCUAUCAAGCGUUCCAAGUUUAAAUACCUAGGCGCUGCUAUCGCGUUAUAUGUGGUCAGCUCAGUGUAUCGGUUUUUUGAACGACCAAAACAACUUAGACAUUUAAAGAGUAUCUCAGUGCUGUCAAUGUUUAGAUCCUUGAUAGCAUCGGAAAACGACCUUGACCGGACUAAUAAGCUGGUGCUACCCCGUUGGGAAGAGACCAACGGCGUGAUAUCCUUUUGGGGCCAGUUUGGAUGGACAGUCAGAGUGACCAACCCAGAGGCCGUUCGAACCAUUUUGUACAAGACAGAUAUCUUUCCAAAAACGGCUAUAUUUGACGAGCUGAAAUACAAGAAUUUGUUGACAAAGUUUCUCGGAGAGAAAAACAUGGUGUCUACCAAUGCUCAUGAGUGGCGUAAGAGAAGAAAGAUUGCCAACCCAGCUUUCCAUCGUUCCAUGCCUGCAAAGACAUUUGCUGUAUUGACUAGCAGAAUGUUUGAGCAGAUCGAGAAAGCUGAUGGACCAGUGGAUAUACAGAAAUUACUGCAAAGGUUUACCUUAGAUGCUAUUGGCCUCAUUGGAUUUGGCUUUGAGUUCAAUUCCACUAACACACCUGAUGGUGAAUGGGUGAAAACCUACAAUGAUGUUGCUGAUCAUGUUGGUGACUUCAAGUAUCUUUUCUUUCCCAUUCUUGAUACUACACUCCUUCCAUUAUUCCCAGAGCGACAAAAGAAGCAUGAAAGCUUGGACAAGCUGAAUGGGCUUUUUAAUGAGAUUAUUCAACACAAGAAAUCGGAGCUAGCAAAGGGUGGAUCGAAUGUUGAUGACAACGAAAAAGAUUUAUUGACACUAAUGCUUGAAGCUGGAAACGGAGACGAUGAUAAAGAUCCUCUCACAUCUGAAGAACUCAGAAAUGAGCUCGUAUUGUUCUUCUUGGCAGGUCACGACACCACGUCUAACGCCAUGAACGCUGUGUUGUAUUUCUUGGCUGUAAAUCCGGAUGUGCAAUCAAAAGCUCUACAAGAAGUCUUGGAUGUUCUUGGCGAUGAACCAUCGGACGUUUGGCCAACUCUUGAGCAACUUAAGCAAUUCCCUUACCUUUCGAAAGUCAUGAAAGAGGCGAUUCGCCUAGCACCACCCAUAUCACGUCUCGUUGAAAGACAAUCAGCAGUAGAUACAGAAUUGGCUGGCGCUUUCAUUCCCAAAGGUACUAGCAUCAUGAUCGACGUACUCUCACUCCACUAUAAUGCCAACCUUUGGAAGAAUCCAACCAAGUUCGAUCCUGAGCGAUUUGCCGACGGAGGCGAGCUUGAGUCGAUGCCAUCUACCUACGCUUAUCUUCCAUUUGGUGGCGGUGCACGACAGUGUAUAGGAAUGAACUUCAGUUUGGCCGAACAACGCGUGGCUUUAAGUUCCAUCUUAAGGAAAUACGAGCUCAGUCUGCCUGAAGAUUCCAUUCAUAAGGAUGGCAUUGUAUUUGGUUCGCAGACGCUUACUUUUGCUACCGAGAAAAUGAUGAUCAACUUUACCCGACGACACUGAAUAGGCUGAUUAUAUGCACGUCGUCCAUUUCUGUGGAGCAUUUACUAUCAUAUUUAUGAAGUAUACAAUACACGCCAUUAUAUAUUUUUGCAGUAGUCAUAAGGUCAUUGUACAUUAUAAAAGAAAGUUUACGGUUCGGUCGCAGUAUUUUGGUGCUAGAUGUCAUGAAUGAUAGGAGCCCUUUACAAUUUAACCGAUGUGCUUUCUUCUAAUCUCAUUCGAUACCCCUCUCUCGUAUGCAGACA